AUGGCGACACGGGUGACUGAGGAUGAUUCCAAGCGAAGAGCUUUGAAAGAAGGCGAAUGGGCUUGUGUAGAUCCGAAAUGUGCAAAUAUCAAUGAAGAAUCUUCAAACAAUUGCUAUGAAUGUGGAAAAGGUUAGAUUUAUACACGCAUUUUCAAUUUUAGAAAGAAUAAAUAAUUGAAUAUUUUCAGCCAAACAAAAAAGCGCAAAAAGUGUUGGCAAGGAAUUAGGAAAAGAAAUGGCUGAAAAAUCAAAAGGACUUUUUGCUGCUGAAGAUUGGAUGUGUACGAAGUGCGGAAAUGUGAAUUGGGCUCGUCGGAAAACUUGUAAUGUUUGCAAUGCUCCGAAAGUUCAAGAUUUAGAAAGAAGAACUGGAUAUGGAGGCGGUUAUAAUGAUCGACAAAAUGUGGAAUACGUGAAAAGAGAUUAUGGCGAAGAGUUUGACGAAUUUGGAAGAAAGAAAAAGAGAAAGGGUGAGGAGGUCAGUAAGGAACGCCUAUUUUUCAAUUAUAAAAACUUAUGCGUAAAAUCUGGAAAUAUUAAUUUUCAAUUUCAGGACAACAAUGGAACAGAUGAAAAUGACAAAGAAUCAGAUAAAGGAAAAGAAGAUGAAGAUGGAGAAAUGGAAGACGAAGAGGAUGAAGAUGAUGAUGAAGACCUCAAUAAAUAUAACUUCGAUUUUGAUUCAGAUCCAGAACUUGUUCAAAAAGUCGAAAAUCUGAAAAAUAAACUAGUCGCAAGUUCAAUGAAUGGCUCAGGAUCUGGUGCUUGCGAUGAGAGCGAGUAAGUUAUUGAAUUCAAUGUUUCGGAAUAUUUUUUUGAACUUUUUCAGUUGUUCUUGUUCAUGUUCUGGAGGAGAAUGUUCAUGUCCGGAAAGCGAAGAUGAAAAAGAAAGAGAAAAGGAACGUCAAAAAGUUCACAAGUCAGCAAAAGAACGAGAUAGAGAACGAAAUGAAAGAAGACGUAGUAAUUCAAGAGAACGAAAACGAGAAAAAAGACGAAGUCGAAGUAGAGAUCGCGGAUAUGGGAGAGAUGAGAGAAAAAGACGAUCUCGUUCACGUGAUCGACAGAAUCGCCGAAGUCGUUCUCGUUCUCGAGAUAGACGUCGAGACGAUGAACGAAGACGAGAGAAGGAUCGAAGACGGUGGUAG